GGGCGCGUCGAUUUUUUUCGAAAAAAAACCGUUGGUCACGGUGACCAUUUUCAUCCUCCGCGUAUAUUUUCGACUUUGACCUUAAUUAUCUUUUAAAAAGCAAAAUAUUUUCCGGAUUUUCUUUAGCCUAACUUAAAGUAAUUGAAAUUCCUUCACAUAGACGUGGUAUUUAUAACGAUAGGUUCAAUACAUUUUAAUCUAUGACGAUUUAAAAACUCGAAAUGGACACGGUGUCCACAUAAAUCCUCUAAGUGUUAAUAGAUGCAUUUUUUAAGAUUCCAAACUGAUUUUUUUUCUUUUUGAACGUGACAUUUCGGAAAUGUCAAAUGUUUUUGACAGCUAAUUUCGAAGUAAUGUCAAUUUUUGUGAUGAAGAAUUAAUUUUUGAUGCGGGACUUUUUUUUUGUCACAUUCCUAUUCGCAAUCGAUCCGUUAUAAUUAAUAAUAUAUUCAUAUAUGUUUCACCAUCACACUGGUUUAAGCCGAAACUAGUGAGUUUUUGGUGAUUAAACUAGCCCCGAGGGCGGGUUGAGACGUCAAUUGAGAAAAGAAAAAAAAAAAACAAGUGCGUGUCGUUUUCGGUCUUAUCUUUUGUUUUCGUGCACUGGUGUGAAGAAGAAGAAUGUCUGGUGGUAAUAAUUUAACAACAGACGGAGAAUUGAGAUAUAUGAUUCAGUGGUUCAAUGAAUGGAGUGAGCUACAGCGUCAGGACUUCCUGCCGAUCCUCCUGGAAUGCCUCUCACCUGAAUCCUACGUUAAUGGUCUUGUGGGUGGAAUGGCAGAGGCAUCAUGCAACGAUAAGCCAAUGAGUCUCUUUCAGUGUCGUGUCAAGUUGUUUCGUGAGUGGUCAAGUAAAUGGCCUCAAAAUAUCAAAGAGAAAUUGAGUGAGAAAGUUGCAGAAAUUGAUCCAACAUUUGGUGAUAAAUUCACAAAUGAACUACAAAUCCUCCAGACAAAUGGAACCAAUUCAUCAGUGUCCGAAGCCUCUGAUGCUGUUAAUGAUCACAAUGAUAAAUCCCCAACAGCUACGCAGGAGUACUAAAGCAACAAAAUUAAUUUAGACUUUGAAGGACCUAACUAGGACGCGCCCUAGCUCUACAGAAGACGAAUAAGGUUGAUCCUAACAUCCAAUUGCGAACCUCCUUUGCAGCUCUCUUUACUAAAACAUAAUUUAUAUUAUUAUAAUCUAGUAGUUUCAGUAAAUUUUAUACAUACUACUCCCCAUGGAACCUUAUCCCACAGUCCUCACCAACCUAUACUACCCCGCCAAAUAUUUAUAAACAUAAUCAUUAUAUUGGAGCCUACAUUCCAUGUGUUUCAGAUUGUGAUUGACACAUAUUCAAAAAAAACGUUAGAAGACAUUUUUUCUAAAAAAAAAAAGAAAUAUUUUUUUGAAAUAAUUUUUAUUAUUAAAAAUAUAUAAAAUAUGUAAUUUCUGAAUUUCCAGAAUAAAACAUAAAUUAAUAAAAA